AAACCCCCAAACACUUUUUUUUUCAGACGGCAGGAUGCCUCUGAGUAUCACCAGGGCCCCCGGAGUCACCGUGUUGACGCUGACGUCGGACCCCGAAAGCAACUGGCCUCCUUUGUGCCAUCUCAUCAAGGGCCUGUGCUACUGCCCCUCGUGCUAUGAGGUGUCCCAGCACCUGAAGGCGAAUAUGGGCUCUUCUCAAGCCAUACUGGGGGCCCUCCAGAUCAUGGUGGGCUUAACCACCAUUGCUGUCGGCAUCAUCCCCAUGUUCGGCGGUUACGAAAACCCUUGGUGGGACAUGGACGUCAAUUUGUUCUCCUUAUGGAUGGGACCAGUGUUUGUGCUCUUCGGCAUCGUCUGCAUUUUGUCUCAGAAGUACCCGAGUCGAUGUCUGGUCAUCGUCAAUGCCUUUCUGAACAUCUGUGGCAUGUUAUUCGCCAUAGUCAACCUGAUCCUGUGUGCCAUCAACAUCGGCGACAUUGACAUUUGGGACCAAAUAUGCCAGCCUGACUACUGGACCCCGGACAACCCCACGCUGAGUCCCAACGAGAAAUACUUGGAAAAACGAUGCUGGCAGGGGAGUGACCACAUGCUUAUGUUUCUGAGAGGCAUCAACGGUGUCCUGCUGCUAUUGGCUGUCGUGCAGCUGUUCCUGUCACUCAGUGCCGCGAUCUUGGCCUGCAAGGUUCUAAGGAGGGGCGAAAAGAAAUGCCAGGGCGUUGAUGAUCCAGAAGUAUACAAGGCGCUUCCGGAGGAGGAGGAAGUCAUCGCCAAACCUUCAGCCUAAAACAGGAAUUUUUUUCUUUAUCAUCUGGGAAACUUUCUGCUUUGUAUACGCUGGAGCCUUUAUCAUGCUGCCACUUUACAGUAUCUCUAACAGCACUUUUAUAAUAUCGUUUGGAUACUUCAUGCACUUAUUGAAUCAUGGCCGGUUUCAUAUCAUUUCAAACGUUUACAAACUUGGCAGAAUUUCUACAUUGAUUUUCCGCUUCUAAUUGCACUUGCUGAUAUGGUAAUUGUUUUUUUUUAAUACUAUCUUCUUGUAUACUGGAAGUGAAAGAGAGAUUUUGCAUGUUUUAAAAAAAAUCUAUAGGUUGUUCGUUGUGAAAUAAAUAAUGUGUCACAACACCA